GGGCUCGGCAGCCCGGGCGAGAUGCGCGCGUGCUCUGGGGCAACGUCCUCAUGUUGAGCUCUCUCAAAAACUGCUUUUGCCAUCAGUAAUGCUUCUUUCUGGCCGAAAGCCUGAGAGGAUGUUUGUGGUCCUGUUUAGUUUGCUUCCUGGUGUUUGCCCAGAUACUUGCCCUGCUGCACGAUCGCUUUCCCUAGUUUGGAUUUGCUUUCUGGCUUCUGAUGCUUGAUAAGGGAGGAAAACGUUUGAGUCCUGGCAUGUCCUUAAAUCCUACUCAACUGUUUAUUUCCGAAAGUGAAAUCCAAAAGGAUAAAUUGUCUACUUUGUUAUCUAUUGACACAGUAGUUUAUAUUGGUAAUUGUCAGUUAGAGUAAUAACGCGAAUGGGUAGUACCAAGUGCUCCAUGUGCAACUGAAUCCCUGUUAUAGUGGGAGCUUCCUAAACUAGCACAAAUAUCUCCAGAGGCUGUGGUUUUAAAAGAUUAUUUCUUGAUAAUGCACAUGGGCUCCAGUAAUUGUCCCCACUUCACAAUAGCCUGGUAGAAUAACAAAUGCUAAUUCUGCUAGUAGAGUUUGUGCUUCUCUCACAAUGCCCUAGCCUAAUUCCUUGUGUUCAAGGGAAGAAAAGAUAGAUUUUAACAGAAUAAUUACACUUGGGAGUUUGCAACAAGAGGAGAACUCCAAAGAUACUAGAGUAGCAGUGAGCUGUCAUGCAGAGGGGAGAAAAGCCUUGUUAACGAGGGCCUUCUCUUACAUUAGCAGAGGUCUGUGUCUGGCUUUAUCUCAUGGUUAGAAUCUGUCUUGGAUAACAGUUCUGUUCUUAAGACGUUUUAGCCAUGACUAAGAGAGAUGCAGAGGAGCUGAUAGAAAUAGAAAUUGAUGGAACUGAGAAACAAGAAUGCACUGAAGAAAGCAUCGUUGAGCAAACCUAUACCACAGCAGAAUUUGUGAGUCAAGCUAUUGACAUCAAUGAACCAAUUGGAAAUCUUAAGAAGUUGCUGGAACCCAGACUGCAGUGUUCCUUGGAUGCACAUGAAAUUUGUCUGCAAGAUAUCCAGCUGGAUCCAGAUCGCAGCCUUUUUGAUCAAGGAGUAAAAACAGAUGGAACAGUUCAACUCAGUGUGCAAGUAAUAUCUAGGCAAGGGAUAGAGCCCAAGUUAAACAUCCUUGAGAUUGUGAAGCCUGUGGAGACUGUGGAAGUAGUGAUUGAUCCAGAUGCUCAUCAUGCUGAGGCUGAAGCUCACCUUGUUGAAGAAGCUCAAGUAAUAACCUUGGAUGGAACAAAACAUAUAACAACAAUUUCAGAUGAGACCUCUGAACAAGUGACACGAUGGGCUGCAGCGUUGGAAGGCUAUCGAAAGGAGCAAGAGCGCCUUGGAAUUCCCUAUGAUCCCGUACAGUGGUCGACAGACCAGGUGCUCCACUGGGUGGUGUGGGUGAUGAAGGAGUUCAGCAUGACUGACAUAGACCUCAACGCGCUCAGCAUUCCCGGGCGGGAGCUCUGUAGCCUCAAUCAAGAAGACUUCUUCCAGCGAGUCCCACGGGGAGAAAUUCUUUGGAGCCAUUUGGAGCUUCUUCGAAAGUAUGUGUUGGCUAGCCAAGAACACUCUGGAGAAAUAGCAACUGUUACUAUUGAUCAGCCUGUGCAAAUUAUUCCAGCAUCUGUACAGCCUGCUACCCCAACCACCAUUAAAGUAAUAAACAGCAGUGCAAAGGCAGCUAAAGUACAGAGAGCUCCAAGGAUCUCUGGGGAAGAUAGAAGUUCCCCUGGGAAUAGAACAGGAAACAAUGGCCAGAUCCAAUUAUGGCAGUUUUUAUUAGAACUUCUUACUGACAAAGAUGCUCGGGACUGUAUUUCUUGGGUUGGUGAUGAAGGAGAGUUUAAAUUGAAUCAGCCUGAACUGGUUGCCCAAAAAUGGGGACAACGCAAAAACAAACCCACUAUGAACUAUGAGAAGCUUAGUCGGGCUCUGCGAUACUACUAUGAUGGAGACAUGAUCUGCAAAGUGCAAGGCAAGAGGUUUGUGUACAAAUUUGUGUGUGACCUGAAAACCCUCAUCGGAUACAGUGCAGCGGAGUUGAAUCGGUUGGUCACAGAAUGCGAGCAGAAGAAACUGGCCAAGAUGCAGCUCCAUGGCAUUGCACAGCCAGUCACAGCAGUAGCAUUAGCUACAGCAUCCCUGCAAACAGAGAAAGAUAAUUAAGCACUAGGACCUGAAAGUGGGAGCCUGAGGCCUUUCAUAUAUAAGUGGAGCAGUUGCUGCUCUUAACUUUGUCACAAUUGGAAGCUUCUUUUCUUUCUUGACAGUACAAUACGAUGCAUGAUUUUCUACAAAGAACUGGGACUCCCAUAAAUUUGGAUCUUUUAACAGCAUAUAUUUCAGUAUAAGUUAAGGGAUUACCACAACUUCUGCAACUUUGAGACUGGGCCUCUAUGGUAUGCAGUCUGGAAUUGGUGAGAAGGGCUGAACUGGUCAGUGUUCUGUGUCCAUAGCUCUACAAAGUAGUUUUUGCAGUGCUUUUAAGAAAAAUGAAGUACCUACAGUAAGCAGGGUGAUUCUUUCCACUCUUUUGUUCUGUGCUGAACUGCCAAAUGGAAUUUGAUGCUUUCAAAGUUAAACGUACUCAUUAUUCUCAUCUAAUCAAGCAGAGCUGAAAGAAAGGCACAGUAAGCAUUGUAAAGCAUCAGGUUCUCAAAAUCACUUCUGUGUUUGUAAGCAAAGGAAGCUAAGACUAGACCAAACUGAAGAUCAGUGCUGAAGAAGGAGAUCCAGGUUUAAAUCUGGCUUAGGUGAAAAGCCAAUUAUGAGUAUUUCGUUGUAAUAUGUAGAUAAUAUGCAUAUAUGAGGGCAAGUACUUAACCUGUUUUGAAAGACUUGUUAAUGCUAGCUAUUUAGCAAAAAAACAAAACAAAAAUAGAAAAAAUGCACCCCACCUCACCCCGAGUCAGGGUGAUUUGAAAACUUGAAAAAAUAUCCUUCACCCAAAGAGUAGGUUAUUUUGGUGGGAUUUUUCAGUUCUGUAUUUGUCAAGGUGCUUAUACCUGUGGUAGUCAACCUUAGUAACUGAAGACUUAAGUUAAUCACAGUCAAUAGUCUCUUCCUGUUUAGAAACAAAAUGCAAGUUAAAAACAGUUUUACAGAGGACCGAAGUUUGACUUCCAAAUUAUUGUAUAAUCUGACAUUAAAAUAUGAAGAUACCUAAUUUUUAUUUAAAAUUAAUUUCUUUCUGAACUUAAAAUGAUGUUUCUGAAGCCUUAUAAAGCAAAUGCAUGCUCCAGAGCCAGGUGCAAUUUAAAAUCUGGAUGAUUAAUAGAAAUAGGUGGAAUGUAUUCUGAACUGUGAGACACUGGUAUAGAGAGUACUUCAUGCAAACUUAGACGUGCAGUAAAAACAGGCUGCCGUUUUUGAGCUUCUAUACUGAUGCCUAUUAGACUAUUUCUUUUGAUGUUUGAAAACGGUAUGUUUUUGAAUUUGCCCCUUCAUGUUCUUAAACAGUAUAAAUAUUACAUCACUGUGCAUAAUUUUUAACUUCUAUAAAUAACAUUUUUAGAAAGCCUUCUGGUAACACUUGACAAUUAAUCAAAGUGCAAGUGGAGAAGGGAGAACCUUUUGUUCCGUGAGGGAUUGAGCUACUUCUGCACAGUGAGAUUCUAAAUGUAAAAUGUGAUUAUACUGAGUAGUGGGAGCACUGGGCUGUUGCUCUUGAUCUGAAAAGGAAUGGUCAUCCUUGCAGUUGGAGAGCAGAGAACGUGUGAGACUUUAUUUUAAAGAUACUUUGAGGACAAAGCUGUUUGUUUUGAGGUGGAUAUUCAUCUGCGGAUAGUUUUUGAUUGACAUGUACUUGCAUAUACUUCUCUAGCCUACUUUUUCAUCACCACCAAUUAAACUUUUUCUUGCUAGAUUCUUUUCAUUAACUCUUAAUAUUGUUUUCAUUCUUGAGCUUUUAAAGCACUCCAUCUAUUGAGUAUGCUUUUUUUUUUUCCAUUUAAAAAAAAUCUUCAAAGUCUCGAGCAAAACAUGUCAAUGCAUCUGUCAGAAGAGGUCAAGCAUCAAUCUCCUGUUGCUGUUACAGUAAUCUGAUUGCACCAGUUGGCAAGUGUUUAAGGUGACUUAUACAAAGAGAUGCAGAUUUGCUUACUAGGAAUGAAAUGGAGCUGCUAGUUCAGUGGCAACAACUAUUUAUAUAACACCGCUCUGUUAAUAAACAGAAGUCUAAUACAAGUUACUAGUUAUAUUUAGCAGAAUUCAUUAAAACCUCUUAGUUAAAAUACAGUACAGAAAGAAGAGAUCUUAAAAUAUUAGCUUUCUAAAUCAAAAUGGGCUCUAGUAGGAUAAACUAACAGUAAAAUUGGAAGGCAAUAUUGCUACUUCAUCCCUUUGAAUAUUCUCUUUACAUCAUAAGGCCACCAGGGGAGAGAUCCGAUAUCACGUUUUAUUUGUAAAUGUAUUUGAUUAUUAUUUUGAAACUUUUCAGUAGCCAUGAUGGUCCUUUGGAUUCUUUGUUGUGGGAUCAUCUGCUUUUUCACCUUGUUCUCUUUAGUAACAAAAGAAUUUUUCAGACCGUAUAAAAUUGCUGUCACGUUUUCUGCAGUUGAGGGAGGAAUCUGUCACUAACUUGAUGUCUUCAAUGAAAUAAAAGAUGUAGAAUAUAUUGUCAAGAGUUGUUCUGUUGCUGCCAGAAGGAAAACAUAGAAAGAAUAUUCCCAAUUUUUUUGUAAAACAGAAGGGUUUUUGCAUACUUUUUACUCUUUAAAUAAAGACACUUAUACUCUGCUAAUAAUUAUGUAUUUCUUUUGUGGUUUGCAUUUUUUUGGUAAUUUUACAUGAAACAAUUAUUUUCUAUUUUUACUCUGAUAAAAUAUUUGUGCAUAAAAUGUCAAUAUAGUAAAAUAAAAAUGUUAUACAGCUGA